CAGACGUAGGUUCGAACCCUUGUCACGGCCCUUGGGAAUUUGUUAUAAACAUCUGCCACAUAGUUACAGAACUGGAAGGAAGAACCGAGAUCCAUGAUUAGUGGUGGAGCCUUUCCUUAUACUCUAUCCAAAAUACAAUUUUAAAAUUUUGUAAAUAUCAGACCACUUGUUAAGAUACAAGAACGGAUUAUGGCUGGAGGGAGGACAGGACACAAGGUCCGUCCAUGCGGGAAUCUUAUUUGCUUAUAAUAGAUCCCAAAACUGUGUCUAAUAUUAAACAUAUACCUUGUUCCAUUUGAAACCCCUUGACUGCAGGACCCAAACUGUCUAUAACUUUGUGGAGGUGAAAACCUCUCUUAAAAACCCUGACUGCAGAACUUAUUUACCCAGACUCGAGCGGACCCUUCCAGGGGUGACCACGGAACUGGAACUCUGUCCAGACGGAUCCUUCCAGUGGUGACCAACAAGGAGAAAUCGAACUGACGAGGAACUGGCAAGGGGAAAUUAAGCAUACAAGAAGACCAGUGAAGGUCAAUUAAGCUGUCAUUAAAUUAAGUACAAGAAUAUUCUUCUUUGUAGACAAACAUGGCUGGAGGUGUUCGGAUGGCAUGUUUGCUAUGGACAGUAGUGUGGGCUCCAGGCUUCGUGUCUUCAAUAAGUGCCGUGCCCAAACCUGAUCUUCAGCCAGGGCACCAUGGCAAGCUGCUCUAUAUUCUCAUGGACGGAUUCAAGUGGAAUUACUUGGAUGAGCAAGAUGCCUCUGUGCUCCCUGGCUUCACAAAGUUCUUGCAAGAGGGAGGCAGAGCCCACUGGACUAAUCCUCUCUUUCCAACCCUUUCUUAUCCAACCUGGACCUCCCUUGUAACUGGCCAGUAUGCUGAAACACAUGGCAUUGUUGGUAAUUAUUUCUACGAUUCUGAAACAAAGGAAGUCUUCUCACUCUUUGAUAAAGAAAGCACUGGGAAAGAGAAGUGGUGGACAUCGGAACCUAUCUGGACAACAGCAGAAAAAGCAGGUCUUCGUACAGCUCAGUACUUGUGGGCUCGUUGUGACGUGGCCAUCCAGGGCGUUCUCACACAUUUCUGUGAACCCUUCACUAAGAUACCUGGCAAGGCAAUCUUCUUGAAGAAUAUAAAAGAAGCAUUAAACAAAUUUGAUGAAGGUUUUGACUUUGUACAGGUGUACACUGAGCACACUGACCACACAGGACACAACAAAGGCCCGGACUCCCCAGAUAUAAAGCAAGCAGUAAGAGACCUGGAUGACGUGUUGAUGUAUUUAAUGAACGAAAUUGAAAAGAGAAAUCUUGCAAAUGCAGUGAACAUUGUGAUAGUGAGUGAUCACGGCAUGACUUACACUGCUCCAGGAGCAAUUGAACGGCAUGAAAUUGAUGACUACCUUAAUGCCAGCACUGUUGAGAAUAUUGCCGAUAAGGGGGCCCUCAUGAACAUCAAGAUUCCUCCACAGAACAUUGACCUUGUGUAUAAACGGGUGUCACAAAUACCAGGGGUGACAGCAUACAAGCACGAUGACAUCCCCAAUCACUUCUUUUUCAAAAAUAACAAAUAUGUCCACGACAUUAUUCUCUUAGCUAAUCAAGGACACUUCAUCAUGAGCUCCAAGUCGGAUAAGCAACUUCCUCCAAGAGGUGACUUUGUCUACAUUGGUGCUCAUGGUUAUGAUCCAGAAAAUCAAGACAUGAAGGGAAUAUUCUUUGCUAAAGGUCCAGCUUUCAAGUGUGGGUGGAUAAUUGAUCCCAUCCACGUGGUUGAUGUUUAUCAAGUCCUGACCCACGUUCUGCACCUCACGCCGCAGCCUCACAAUGGAACCUGGGACCGAGUCAAAAAUAUAUUUGUGGACGGCAAUGAUGGCGUGGAUGGCUGCAGUCGUGCCAGUUCCACUACCCUUGCCCCGUUUACAGUCCUUAUGUUAGCUUCCAUCUUAUUCAUUGCUUAUGUCAGGCCAUAAUGAAUCCCAGAGUCGAUU